UUCUUCAACACUCUCCGGGUCCCCGCAGCUGCUCUGUAACCAUGACCCUGAGAUUCCUGUGGCUGGGACUCAUCCUGCUGGUCCAGACCCAGUUUUCUGUUCCAAACCUGAUCCCUGCCCCAUCUCUACAUAAGAUUCCCCUGACCCCCAACUUCCAGGAUAAGCAGUUCCAGGGGAAGUGGUAUGUCAUAGGCCUGGCGGGGAAUGCAGUACAGAAGAAUCAAGGCGACUCAAAUAUGUACACCACCACCUAUGAGCUGAAUGAAGACAACAGCUACAACGUCACCUCCACCCUGCUCAGGGGUCAGAACUGUGACUACUGGAACAGAACUUUUGUCUCAGGUUCCGUGUGGGGCCAGUACACCCUAGGCGACAUUCACAGAUACCCGAAUAUACAGAGCUACACUAUGCAAGUGAUAGACACUAACUACUCCGAGUUCGCCAUGUUAUUCUUCAAAAAGACUUCCUCAAACGUGGAGUACUUCAAGACUACCCUCUACGGGAGAAACAAAGAGCUGAGCUCUGAAUUGGAGGAUCGCUUCGUCCACUUUGCCAAGUCUCUGGGCCUUACUGAUGACCACAUCACCUUCCUUACUCCCAUUGACCAGUGCAUUGAUGACUGAAGGUGCAGUGAGUGUUGCCUAUCUUUAUCUCCAUCCUUCCUGUUGCCUCUGCCCAGGGAGCAGAUUGUCUACUCCAUGCCCCACCCCCAGCCAUGAAGCCAGUGACAACUGGAAGACCUUUCUUGUGAUGCCCUGCUGCUCACCCAAUUGCUCCAAAAGCCACUUGGCUGCCGGAGUCCACCCACUUAUCUGCUAAAUAAACACAUGCACUUGCCCUGG